AUGACGGGAGCGAUGAGUGCUUGCUUGGAGUCCUGGCAGGCGAACCUGAAGACCCACGCGCAGGAGAUCCGCUCCUCCAUCCCCGCCCUGGAGGCGGCCAAGAAGGCGGCGGAGGAGGCCCUGGCGGAGGCCAAGGCGAAGUUCGAAGAGGUGGACCCCUCGGAGCGUCCCGCCGACCGCCCCACGGACUUGUCCGCCACCUUGGACCUCCGCGAGGAGGCGCCGGAGACGCCGGAGACUUUGCAGCUGGCGCUGCGAGAAGCGCAACAGGCCCUCACGGCGGCUUGUCAGGAGCUGGACUUUGCGCAGGCAGAGCUUGCGAGCUGCGAUGCCAACGUGGGAUGGAAGCCUCCGGAGGUGGAGGUGGAUCCAGAGAUCGCGGCGGCCAUCGAGGCCGCGAAAGCAGAGGCCGAAGCGGCCAAAGCUGCGCAGGCGAAGGCUAGGGCCAAGUCCAAGCCGAAGCCUGACGAGCCGAAGGAGGAGCCCCUGCCGGAGCAGCCCAUUGUGGACUUUGCGAUCGAAGCGCUGGCAAAGGGCUACCUGGAGCUGAAGCAGAUGGCGACCAGCACCAUCGAGAGGUACAACACCAGCACCCGGGAGGCGGAGGAGGAGCGCCAGAGGGAGCAAGAGCGCCGCCGGCGCCAGCGCAAGGCUGCCGCGCAAGCGGCCAAAGACGCCAACCGCCGGCCCAAAGGCCCCCCACCGGAGCCGAUCGACCUCACAGCGGCGGACUUCGAGCCCAGCAUGGAGGAGAGUGGGAGCCUCCCUCCGAGAUGUUCGCAGUUCCCUUGUGCGCCGCCCCUUUCGAGUUCCCCGCGGCCCGCAACGCCGCGCCGCUGCCCGCGGUGCCGCUGGAGCCGCCGCUGCCGGCGGCCAACACGGUGA